UGUUGUAAACACGAUGUGUGACGUCAGAACCUCGCCCGACGCUACAUUGUAGCCAGUAAACCCGGAAGUCAAGACAGAAAGCAGAGACCCGGGCGGAAUUCCAACAGCUGUUCAGAGUUGAUUCAGAGAGCAGUGAGCUUUGCUAUGGGAUGCUGCGGGAGCACUGUGAAGAGUCGAGAGUGGAAGCCUUUAGAGGAGAGGAGAUGUACGGAUAUCCCCUGGCUCAUCCUCUUCGCGCUCUUCAACAUCGGAAUGCUGUUCCUCUGCGGGUUUGCCGUGUCCACCGGCGCGGCCUCCAGGUUCAUCUCAGGGUACGACAGUUACGGGAACACUUGCGGCCAGAAGAACAGCGAAAUUCCCGGGAUCGAACUUAGCGGCCGCGACCAAACGGCAAACAAGUACGUGUUCUUCCUCGAUCCCUGUAACAUCGACAUCGUGAAGAGGAAAAUCAAAUCCGUAGCUCUGUGCGUCUCCAAAUGUCCUGAUAUCCAACUACAGACUUAUGAAGAUCUCAGGAAGUUCUCGCAGACGAACGGAUCGAAUUUGUGUUCCUAUGAGAUUAAUCCAGACGCAUAUCCAGACGAUCCGAACAGAGCCACGAAAUGCCCCAAGCUCCCGGUUCCCCCCAGUCAGUCUAUUCCGAUCUUCCACCGCUGCACCCCGGCUGAUAUCUCCUGCUUCUCCAAGUUCGCAGAGGCCGUCGUCACGUUCGUCAGCGACAACAGCGUUCUGCACAGGGUCAUCGCUGGGGUCAUGACCUCCAAGGAGAUCAUCAUGGGGCUGUGUUUACUGUCUCUGGUUCUGAGCAUCAUUUUGAUGGCAGUGAUCCGCUACAUCUCAGUGGUCCUGGUGUGGCUCCUCACCGCCGUUGUUGUUCUCGGAUCCUUAGGUGGAACUGGAGUUCUCUGGUGGCUUUACGUGGACCACCGGAACUCGGUCAACGCCACUAUGCCUGCUAACGAGCUAGCCGUGGCUGUGGACAACCAGAAAGCUCUGCUGGUCUACGCCAUAGCAGCUACAAUCUUCACGGCGGUUCUGCUCCUGCUGCUGUUCUUCAUGAGGAAACGCGUCGCCCUGACCAUCGCUCUGUUCCGCGUGGCCAGUAAAGUGUUCGGAUCUCUUCCUCUGCUGGUUCUGCAGCCGUUCUGGACCUUUCUCACGCUCAUGCUCUUCUGGGUUUACUGGAUCACCGUGCUGCUGCUUCUUGGUACCGCAGGAAGUCCAGUGAAGAACAAUCAGACGGAGCUGGUGGAGUUCAAGAUGGACGGCCCGUUACAGUACAUGGUGUGGUACCACGCCGUGGGUCUCAUCUGGAUCAGCGAGUUCGUCCUGGCCUGCCAACAGAUGACGAUCGCAGGCGCGGUCGUAACGUACUACUUCACCAGAGACAAGUCUCAGCUUCCCCUGACCCCCAUCCUGUCUUCAGCCAUGCGUCUGAUGCGCUAUCACCUGGGCACGGUGGCGAAAGGAGCCUUCAUCAUCACGCUGGUGGAGAUCCCACGCCUCGUCCUCACCUACAUCCACAGCCAGCUGAAAGGCAGCGAGAACGCCUGCGCUCGCUGCAUGAUCAAAGCGUGUGUGUGCUGCCUGUGGUGUCUCGAGAAGUGCCUCAGUUACCUGAACCAGAACGCCUACGUGGCUACGGCCAUCAACAGCACCGGCUUCUGCACGUCUGCCCGAGACGCCUUCAUCAUCCUGGCUGAGAACGUGCUGCGCGUCGCCACCAUCAACUCCGUCGGAGACUUCGUCCUGUUCCUGGGAAAGGUCCUGAUCGUGUCCUGCACGGCGUUCGCGGGGGUGUUGGCGCUGAAUUACCAGCGCGAGUACACGGUGUGGGUUCUGCCGCUCAUCAUCGUGUGCGUGUUCGCCUUCCUGGUGGCGCACUGCUUCCUGUCGGUGUUCGAGAUGGUGGUGGACGUUCUCUUCCUCUGCUUCGCCAUCGACACCAAGUACAACGACGGAAGCCCCGGCCGAGAGUACUACAUGGACAAAGCGCUCAUGGAGUUUGUAGAGAGCAGCAGGAAGGCCGAGGCUGAGGGACGGAAAGCAGAAGGUGGAGACAGCAAGGAAAUGAAACCCAUGACCACAGGAGAAACGUCAGCCUGAACCGUCUCCUCCUCCUCAUCAUCUUCAUCAUCAGGACGUCCUGAUCUACAACCUCAACACUCCGGCGAUUAAAACUUGUGUAGUGUGUAACUGCAUCGCCUGCGCAGCAGCUAUGCAGCAUCGCGUACGAGCUGAAUUUUAGUCAGCAAUAAGAAUUUGUAUGUUUUUAGUCAUUUUUUACUUCACUUUUAUAAAUAAAAGUCACACUAAUCGUA